AUGAUCACAACACUCUUCUCAGAACUGGUGACGGCGGUGCCGCUGGUCGCGGCGCUGUUUGUGCUCUACCUGGCACGCACAGUGAUCGCCUGGGCCAAACUGAGACAGUUUACUGGGCCACGCUGGACCGGGGUCAGCAACAUCCCGCACGGCAAGGCCGCACUGUCGGAAAAGUGCCAUGAGUGGUAUGCUAAGGUUAGCAAGGAACACGGUCCCAUUGCGCGAAUCGCGCCUGGCAUCCUAUUGACCUCGUCGCCCGAGGUCUGGGCGCACGUCAACCGACAGGCUGGGUACAAACGAUCCGAGUGGUACUACAAUGCGUGCCGGGUCGAGUAUCGCCGCGAUAAUGUCUUCACUCAAUCUGACAAUGCGAAGCACGAGCAGCGGAGGAAGCAGAUGGCCCCUGGCUACUCAGGGCGAGAGAAUCCGGGCCUCGAGGCAUCCAUUGACGAGCGCCUUGAGGACCUGCUGAAACUCGUGAGGACCAAGUACAUUUCGACGCCUGACCGCAUCGUGCCCAUGGAUCUAGCCAAGAAGGUGCAAUUCUUCACGCUCGACGUCAUCAGUGCUGUCGGCUUGGGCAAGACAUUUGGUAUGCUGGCAGCCGACGAAGAUGUGGACUCGUAUCUUCAAUCGAGUGAAGAGGGUCUCGCUGCUGCCAAUGCUGCAUGGGCUCUAGGUGCAUCGUGGCUCGCGCAGUCGCCUGUGCUUGGUCGCUUCAUUGCGCCCUCGCCGCGCGACAACAAUGGAUUUGGCAAGAUGAUGGCAACUUGCUUCCGCUUUGUCGACGAGCGCGUCGCUCGUGGCGACACCGAUAAGCGCUCCGACAUGUUGGCAUCAUUUAUCCGCCACGGUUUGCGCGACGAUGAGCUGAAGUCCGAGGCACUCGAGCAGAUUAUCGCUGGCUCUGACACAACGGCCGGUGCCAUACGCGGCGCGCUGCUACUGGUUAUGACGAACCCACGCGUUUACGCACUGCUGCAGAAGGAGAUUGACGCGGCGGUGCGCGACGGCCGGGCGCCGGCUGUCGGGAACGGCCUCAUUUCUCAGGCUCAAGCAAAGGAAUUGCCUUUCCUGCAGGCUGUCGUCCGCGAGUCACUGCGCGUGCGAACACCUGUGGCUAACCUGUUCCCGCGCGACGUGCCAGCAGGCGGCGACACUGUUGUCGUCGACGGCGAGAGAAUCGCGCUGCCAGGGGGCGUGUGCAUUGGAUAUUCUGCCUACGCGAUGCACCGCGAUGAGGCCCUCUACGGCGACGACGCCCAGGCUUUCAGGCCAGAGCGCUGGUUCGAGGACGAUAAAGACAAGCUGGCGGCUAUGGUGCGGACGAAUGAUAUGGUCUUUGGCGACGGCAGAUUCACGUGCCUCGGCAAGCCCGUCGCGCAGAUGGAGAUGGCCAAGACCAUUUUUGAGCUGUUGCGGCAUUUCGACGUUGCUCUCAUCGAUCCGAUUAAGCCGUGGAAGACACGCAAUCUGUUAGGGUUAUUUGCGAUUUCUGACAUGUGGGUGCAAGUAAUGGAGCGAUCGUAA